UACGGACAAAAAUGACUGACGGUUGUUGCCUUGACUUCGUACGACGAGCUGUAGCGCAUAUAUGCCGUUCUGCAGGGUGGAAUUGCAUCAGUCAGUCUGCACACGACACUCUAACAGACGUUCUGCUUCUUUACGUUGAGAGUUCUGCUAGGAUUGCUCAGACUUGCAGUCGGCACUCGUCUAGAACGAUGCCUACGCUCGACGAUGUUGCGUUCAGCAUUCGUCACAUAGGUGCUUCUCUGUCAGAGCUCUUGUCACAGCCAGAAGACUUACCAGCUCAUGAUAUCCAAACUGUAUGGGAUAAACUUCCGGCUUCCUAUCUUACUCAUUCUCUAGUAGAAUCGGAGCAAGCAGGGAUCUCAUUGGAUAUGGUGGAGAGGCAGCCUUCUGAAAAUGUUAAGGAUUCCACAAGUGUUAUUUAUAGUAAUGAAGCAAAUUUUAGUUAUGAAGGAGCUGAAUCACACAGUGUGUCUGGACAUGGUUCACACCUUCAAGUGCUUGCUGCUUUUAAUCCAGAAGUAAAUGUCAAUGAUAUCAGUCCUGUUGACAAUAUUGAGAUGAAACCUAUUGAUCACGACUUAGUUGAAGUGUCUGAUCCGUGGGAAUGGCCAAGUGUUGUGAAGGCAAUAGACUUGACUCACAAGGCUUCCACAUCUGCUUCAAAGCAGUUACUUGUACAGUCUGAUAAGAAACUUCCAAAACCAGAACCUACAGCGGAGAGUCCUGUACCUGUCAGAAGUAGUACAUUUUCUAGUGAAAACAUCAAGACUGAAGAAAGAAACAGUACUGAAAAGACUGUAGCACCCAUGCUAGUGCAUACUACAGAUGAUCAGAGGGUUAUCUUUUCAAACAGAGAUCAGCAGAACCAAACAGCUGUUGCACAACUUGACCAUCACAAAAUCAAAAGCCAUUUUGGCAAUGAUGCUCAAGCUCAAACUCAAGAAAGAGUUGUAGGUGGAAGUAAAGCAGCUCUUUUCAAGAUCCCAAAGUUGAAAUUGAAGGUUGGGGCUCAUGGAGAAUCACCAAGUGAUUCUGGACAAAUGUCUCAUCUCGCUGUUGAACUUGAUCCAAAACAUCAGAAAAUUAAGAAAAAGAAACGGAAAGCCAAGGACAUUGACAAAGAGUCUAGAAAAAGUGGAUUAAGUAAAUUACCUAAGAAAGCCAAACAUAAAGACAAAGCAAAACAAGCUACUUUACCUCUACAGCCUGAAAAGUUAGCCAUAAAUACCACAGGCAUUGUGGCUUCAGCUGCAGCCCAUCAUGCAGAAAUACCAAGCAGUGUGCCAUCACAACCAACAGUUGUUUCUCAAACCUUACCAUUUGAGCAGCAUCAGGCUCAACUAGCAGCCAUGCAGUCAGAGUAUCAUUGUCCAGUAUGUCGCAUGUCUGACAUCGAUGGUGUUCCAUGGAUUACAUGUGAUCGAUGUAACAAUGACAUCUGGUAUCACCUGUUCUGUGUAGGACUUGCACAUGAGCCAUUAGUAGAUGAAAAGUGGUUUUGCCCAAAGUGUCAAAAGAAGAUCAACAAACAGGCAAGGCAACAGUCAAAACAAAGUCAUAUUAUGUAAUUGUAAACACUGACAUUGUUUUCACCAUGGAAUUGGAAAUUGUUCGUAUGAGUUUUGCUUAGUGUGUACCAAACCUUGAGCAAAGUCAGAGCAACUGUGAAUUCAUUUUCUUUACGUUUUCUUUUCAAUCACUAAUCAAGAACAGACUAGACCCCAGAU